AUGGACCUUACACCAUCACCCCGAAAACAUCGGCUGGUAUCUCACUCCCAGUCAUCAGACUCUGGUCCCCCAUCCUCAACUAAAUCAAAUUCUGGGGUUCCAGCAGGCUCCAAUCGCAAGGGAUUCAACAUAAACAUCGCGGUAUCGCCCAUUUCUGUCUCCAGCCCUCCAGUCUCACACAAACAUACGCUCACAAGAUCUCAUUCACACUCACUGAAACACCGCCGAGGCAGCUCUGCUUCCACCAAUAAUCCGCUCCCACAACUCCUAGAAGACGCAGACGGACCUCAGCUACCCGAAUGGCCUCAACCAGCAAACGAAUCCCAGGGUCUCAGGUAUAACCUUGAACUUCCUUCCGAUGAACAUCUAGCUUCGCUUGACAUAGACGACCAACUCAAGUUUUUGGCUCUCAAGGAAAUGGGGAUAGUGGAGCUCAAAGACAAGAUCAGCCAGCUCAAUCUGAUCCUUCACAAAGGCGAAAAGGAUCUUCACCGACUUCGAGAAUUGGUCCAAAGAUCACUUUACAAAGAGAUGAGUGCUGGGUAUACAGGCUCGUCCAAACAUGUUCGACAAAGCAGCAAUCCUCGUGAUGAAGCAAUUGCAAGUACCAAAAACAGAACUAGAAGGCGUACGCUCUCGUCGUCAUCGUCUCCGUCAAAAUACCUACCAGUACCAGAACAAUCCGAGCCGGACUCGAAAUCUCGACUCUGGUCUAACCUUUCCAAACCUCUUGGUUUCAUACAGCAGUUUGACUCUAUGCUUCAAAAUGAGUUUGAGAGGUCGUUGAUACCACAAGUGCUGAAUUCAGCCAAUCCACAACCACGUACUUCUGAGGAAUCAUACCAGUCUCCAUUACGCUCACGCUCAAAAAACAAUGAUGUAGACCUUCCAACAGAGUGGACAUCCCUGCGAUCUCUGCUGCCCCAAAGAGCAUCUAGAAACCCAGAAGAGAUGUUUCAAGCGGUUUCGUCAUCUAUUUGGUCGUUUGUUAAUGACGUGAGGGAAAAUAUGCUUCCUCCUCGCGAAGAAGAAGAGAAAGACAAGGAGCUAUACAAUCUCGACAACGGUUCUACUGUCAGCGUUGAGAACAUGAACAAUAGCGAUUACGAUGAGACUACUACGGAAACGCUUCCAAGAAGACGCCUGCGUCAGAAUAGUAACGCCAUAGAUAAAUAG